CAGCCUUCCCGCUUUUCCAGCAGUAUGUUUACGGGUGGCAACCUUCCUGCUCUUCAACAGUAGGAAAUCCACUGGCGAAGUACAGUGAUCCCUCUUGUGACCCUUCCAGAAAUUUGAUCUCCAUCCACAAGCAAUUCCCAGAUGAUUCCAACAUCAAGCUCCGACGAAUUAUGUGCAAGCUUCACAAAGGUCCAGCAAGAACUGGCAGGCGAGUGACUGGCCUCAAGCAGCAGCAAGCCUCCAGCAAGAGAGCUAAUCUGCCUGUACCUACUAUUGCUGCAAUAGAUGGAGCUGCAUUAGGUGGUGGCCUAGAACUUGCUUUAGCCUGUGAUAUAAGAGUGGCAGCCUCGUCUGCUAAAAUGGGCCUAGUUGAAACAAAGUUGGCAAUCAUUCCAGGUGCAGGGGGGACACAGAGGUUACCUCGGACCAUUGGAGUGUCUUUGGCAAAAGAACUUAUCUUCUCUGCACGUAUUGUAAAUGGUGAGGAAGCAAAAUCAAUAGGAUUGAUUAGCCAUGUUGUAGAACAGAAUGAAUCAGGGGAUGCUGCAUACCGAAGAGCAUUAGCUCUGGCAAGAGAGUUUUUACCUCAGGGACCAGUAGCAAUGAGAGUUGCAAAACUGGCCAUCAAUCAGGGAAUGGAGGUCGACCUAGUAACAGGUUUAGCAAUUGAAGAAGCUUGUUAUGCUCAGACUAUUCCAACAAAAGAUAGAAUUGAAGGUCUUCUUGCGUUUAAGGAGAAGAGACCUCCUCGCUACAAGGGAGAAUAGAAGAAACUGAUGCCUUUAAAAUACAGUGGGAUAAAAGUACUGCUGUGAGGACCAUUAAAGUGCACUUUGCAUCCUCACUUGGAAUAUCAUAGCCACCAAAUGAAAAGCAAAUCAUGCUGAUGUUAUAACAUUUUUAUUGUGUCCAUACAUGUACUGGGCCCAGAUAGAGAUGUGUGUCAACUCAUGCUCAUUACAAUUUCUGAAGGUUUAUUUGUGCAUUGGCAAGGUCACAGGUUCAUGCAGCAUUUUUUUUAAAUUUCAGAUGUAUGAAACAUACCAUUCCACAAUUGAAAAAGCUCUGUAAAUUCUUUAUAUAGAGAAAACCUAUAUGUGAUGUUAAGUAUAAAUCGACUGUAUCGUUUUAUUAAAAAACCCAACAACUACUGAACACCAAAAAUAAGAAAGUCUACCAAUAUGCAUUUAAAUUAUUCUGCAUAUCACUAAAAAUUGAAUUUGAGUAUUCUACCUUAAUAUGUACAUUAUUAGUAAAGCUAAGGGAAAU